AUGCUUAAAGUCCUAUCGUCUUGUCGCGUUCGUGCUGAAAAGUCUAAUAAGGAGUGUUAUUCUCGUGCUAACUAUGUAAUAGAGCAGAGGAACGAAAUAACGGUUUACCGUUAUAAGCGUUGUAAGAAAAAGGGUCUUCGUUAUUUUAUAGACACUACUACUAGGCGCUGCAGUGGUUGCAUUGCUAUAAAAGCUAAGUAUAGUUUAUUUAUUUCUAAGGAGAAGUAG